UCCAAGGAGGCCAAUAUGGUGUGGGAUGCAACAGUUUUGUUUCACUGUAUUGAACAUUUAGCUGGACACUCCCUUAGUGUUGAAGAUUUGCAUAGAUGGCUUCAGGUUAUUACAAAGUCUCUUCCAACAGUAUGGUCAAGUCCGUUGAUGGAUGCUUUGGAGAAGGCAAUGAAUGGGAAGGAAUCAAGAGGACCUGCAUGUAGUUUUGAAUUCGUUGGUGAAAGCUCAGGCUUGCUUGGUCCAGGAGAGAGUCGUUGGCCUUUUACAAAUGGCUAUGCAUUUGCAACUUGGAUUUAUAUUGAGUCAUUUACGGACACAUUAAAUGCUUCAACCGCUGCAGCCGCAAUUGCUGCUGCUUCAGCGGCCAAAUCAGGAAAAACGUCUGCGAAUGUACAUGCUGGUGAGGAUACUGCUCAUAUGCCACGUCUGUUCAGUUUCAUGACCACUGAUAAUCAUGGUAUUGAAGCGUUUUUCUACGCACAGUUUCUGGUGGUUGAGUGUAGUAAUGGGAAAGGAAGUAAAGCUUCACUGCAUUUCACUCAUGCAUUUAAGCCUCAGUGUUGGUACUUUAUUGGCCUUGAGCACACUUGCAAUCAAGGACUCUUAGGGAAUUCAGAGAGUGAAUUGCGGCUAUAUGUUGAUGGAUCUUUGUAUGAAACUCGUCCGUUUGAAUUCCCCCGUAUAUCAAAGCCGAUUUCUUUCUGUUGCAUUGGCUCAAAUCCUCCUCCUGCAGCUACUGGUCUACAACACCGUCGUCGUCAGUGUGCUUUGUUUGCUGAGAUGGGACCAGUUUAUAUAUUUAAAGAACCGAUUGGUCUUGAAAGAAUGACAAGAUUGGCAUCUAGAGGUGGGGAUGUUUUGCCUUGUUUUGGCAAUGGGGCUGGUCUUCCGUGGUUAGCUACAAAUGACCAUGUACGUAAUGGGGCAGAGGAAAGUAGUCUUUUGGAUGCAGAACUUGGAGUAUACAUUCAUCUACUUUACCACCCAUGUCUACUAAGUGGGCGGUUUUGUCCAGAUGCUUCUUUUUCCGGAGCAACAGGCACUCUAAGACGACCAGCUGAGGUAAUUGGACAAGUCCAUGUUGCAACGAGAAUAAAGUCAGUGGAGUCCUUUUGGGCCUUGGCUCAUGGAGGACCCAUGUCUUUGCUUCCUCUAACCGUAAGCAGUGUGCAUAAAGAUAGUCUGGAGCCAUCCUCCAGAAAUCUUCCAUUGUCUUUGACAACAUAUUCUCUUGCUGCACCUAUCUUUAGAAUGAUCUCAGUUGCUAUUCAACAUCCUGGGAACAAUGAAGAGUUGUCUCGUAUUCGAGGGCCUGAAAUUCUUGCCACAAUUCUGAGUUAUCUUGUUAACUCACUUGCAUCCCCUGAUCUCAAGCAUGAUGGAGUAGAAGAUGAGGAACUAGUAGCUGCUAUUUUUUCGGUUUGUCAGUCUCAAAAGAUCAAUCACUCCCUGAAAGUGCAGCUCUUCCGUACAUUGUUAUUGGAUCUCAAGAUAUGGAGUGUGUGCAGUUACAGACUUCAAAAGAAGCUGUUAUCAUCCCUUCAAGAUAUGGUUUUCACUGAAGCUACAGCUAUGAGGAACGCUGAUGCUAUUCAGAUACUUCUAGAUGGAUGUCGGAGAUGUUAUUGGAUGAUUCAAGAGAAAGACUCUGUGCACACUUUUUCACUAGAUGGGAAUGCACGUCAAAUGGGGGAAAUUAAUGCCUUGGUUGAUGAACUUUUGGUGAUUAUUGAACUUCUAAUGGGAGCAGCAUCUCCUUCGUUUGCUGCUGAUGAUGUUCAUCGAUUACUUGGCUUCAUAAUUGACAGUCCACAACCAAAUCAGGUUGUAAGGGUAUUGCAUCUCAUGUUUAGGUUGGUUGUACAGCCAAAUGCUGCAAAGGCUCAAACAUUUGCAGAGGCGUUUAUCACAACUGGUGGGAUAGAAACACUUCUUGUUCUGCUGCAGAGAGAAGCUAAAAAGGGUGAUGAAAAUGUCGCAGAAUCUGUGGCUAAGGCUGAAACAAUCGAGACUCGUUUGUUAAAGCAUUUGGAUUCAGCUUUACAAGAUAAUGAGGGUGACCCCGAUGCUCAUGAUGAUAAUGUAGUAUCUUUAAAGGAAACUGAGCCAGUUCAAGAUGUUGACAGAACAUCCUCUGUUUGUGAAACUCUAUUCAUUAAUAACGCAAUAAAUACUGCAAGAAACAAUGUAGACGAUAGAGAUCGCGUCAUGGUUGGGAUCAUUAGAUUGAUUGGUGCAUUAAUCUCAAAAGGGCACUUAAAAGUUUCCCUUGGUGCCGAGUCUGAUGUUAUGAGUAACCUCAUGAGUAGUGGGCUUCACGAAAAUGGUGGAACGAUGUUUGAUGAUAAAGUGGCGUUGCUUCUAUUUGCUCUGCUGAAAGCAUUUCAGGCAGCUCCAAACAGGCUGAUGACCGACAAUGUCUACAUAACUUUGCUUGGGGCUUCGAUUAAUGCUUCAUCAAGUGAGGAUGGGCUGAACUUUUAUGAUUCAGGUCAUCGCUUUGAACACCCUCAGCUUCUGUUAAUCCUCCUGCGUUCUCUACCAUUUGCAUCUAAGACUCUACAAAAUCGAGCACUUCAGGAUCUUCUAUUUUUGGCUUGUAGUCAUCCGGAAAAUAGGAGUAAUCUGACAAAAAUGGAAGAAUGGCCUGAGUGGAUCUUGGAGAUUUUGAUCUCAAACUACGAGAGGGAUGCAAGGAAACAGUCUGCUGAGGUUGAAGACCUGAUUCAUAACUUUUUGAUCAUAAUGUUGGAACAUUCGAUGCGCCAGAAGGAUGGCUGGAAGGAUAUUGAGGCUACUAUUCAUUGUGCAGAAUGGCUCUCUAUUGUUGGUGGGUCGAGCACUGGGGAGAAAAGAAUUAGGCGUGAGGAAUCACUGCCAGUUUUUAAAAGAAGGCUUCUGGGUGGAUUGCUAGACUUUGCUGCCAGAGAACUACAAGCUCAGACUCAAGUUAUCGCUGCAGCAUCUGCUGGUCUCGCGGCAGAGAGUCUAGCACCAGAAGAUGCAAAGGCUGGAGUAGAAAAUGCUGCUCAACUUUCAGUGUUUCUUGUGGAAAAUACAAUUGUGAUAUUGAUGCUUGUCGAAGAUCAUUUGCGACUACAAAGCAAGCAAAACUGUGCUGCAAGCGCAAUUGAUGUUUCUCCAUCUCCUCUUUCUCUUGUUUAUCCCACUAACAACCGUUCACGAACAUUGGCAACGGUAGGAGAAUCAUCAGAGGUUUCUAGUAGCCGUGCUUCAGUGUCCAGUGAUUCAGGAGGUGUCCAUUUAGAUAUACUUGCAUCAAUGGCUGAUGCAAGUGGCCAGAUUUCUACAGCCGUAAUGGAGCGUCUUGCUGCUGCUGCUGCAGCUGAGCCUUAUGAAUCUGUUUCAUGCGCUUUUGUCUCAUAUGGAAGCUGUACUAUGGAUUUGGCUGAGGGUUGGAAGUACAGAAGUCGACUGUGGUAUGGUGUUGGGCUUCCUUCUAACACCACUUGUUUUGGUGGUGGUGGAAGUGGUUGGGACUCUUGGAAAUCUGUUUUACAAAAAGAUGCUGAAGGAAAAUGGAUCGAACUUCAUUUGGUUAAAAAAUCAGUGUCAAUGCUUCAAGCGUUGCUGCUAGAUGAGUCCGGACUUGGAGGUGGCCUUGGGAUUGGUGGAGGAUCUGGUACUGGCAUGGGAGGGAUGGCAGCUCUCUACCAGUUGCUGGAUAGUGAUCAGCCUUUCUUAUGCAUGCUUCGAAUGGUGCUCUUGUCUUUGAGGGAAGAAGACCAUGGUGAAGAUAGUUUGUUGAUGAAAAAUCUAAGUUCUGAAGAUGGUUUUUCUGGUGGACUGCAGUGCUCCUUAGGGAACCCUGUCUCAUUAGAUGUCAGUUCUCAGAUGUCUAUGCGACAGUCACCAUCAGCUUUAUUGUGGAGUGUGCUCUCUCCUAUUCUAAACAUGCCAAUAUCUGAUUCAAAGAGGCAGAGAGUAUUGGUUACUACAUGUGUUCUAUAUUCUGAGGUAUGGCAUGCGGUAAGCAGAGACAAAAGACCACUGCGUAAGCAGUAUCUAGAGGCUAUCUUACCACCAUUUGUUGCAAUUCUCCGGAGAUGGCGACCUCUUUUGGCUGGCAUUCAUGAGCUUGCCACUGGUGAUGGUUUGAAUCCUCUUGUCGUUGAUGAUCGUGCUUUGGCUGCUGAUACACUCCCCAUUGAGGCAGCUCUUUCUAUGAUAUCUCCGGAGUGGGCAGCUGCUUUUGCAUCGCCUCCUUCUGCAAUGGCACUGGCGAUGAUAGCCGCAGGUGCAGCUGGUUGGGAAGCACCAACACCUCCAGCACCUCCACCACCUCUUAAGCGAGACACUUCAUUGCUUGAGCGUAAGACUACAAAACUUCAGACCUUUUCCAGUUUCCAGAAACCCUUGGAGGCUCCAAACGAUGAUACACCAGGUCGACCAAGAGACAAGGCUACCGCAAAAGCCGCAGCUCUGGCAGCUGCACGUGAUCUUGAAAGGAAUGCCAAGAUUGGUUCUGGGAGAGGUCUAAGUGCUGUUGCAAUGGCCACCUCUGCACAGAGGAGAAACAUCACUGAUAUGGAGCGUUUACAGAGAUGGAACAUCUCUGAAGCUAUGGGAGUGGCAUGGAUGGAAUGUCUCCAGCCAGUUGAUACAAAGUCAGUUUAUGGGAAAGAUUUUAACGCUUUGUCCUACAAAUUCAUUGCUGUACUUGUUGCAAGCUUUGCCUUGGCACGUAACAUGCAGAGAUCUGAGAUUGACAGGCGUAUACGAGAUGAUAAUAUAGUGAGAAAUCGCUUAUGCAUGGGAAUUCGUGGUUGGCGUAAACUCAUACGUUACUUGGUAGAGAUUAGAUGCUUCUUUGGUCCCUUUGGAGACCAUUUAAGCAGUCCCAAACACGUCUUCUGGAAACUGGAUUCUACGGAAAGUUCUUCCAGGAUGAGACCGUGUUUAAGGAGGAAUUAUUCUGGUACUGAUCAUGUUGAGGCAGCGGGAAAAUAUGAUGAUCAGGAUAACUUAGGUUCUCCAUCAAAGGCACCUCUUCUUGCAGCUGAAGCUUUAUCAAAGGAAAUAAUAAUGUAUGAAGAUGAUGAACAUGGAGAUGAUGAUGAUCUUGAAACAGAAGGUAACGUUGGAGAACACAAAGGGAAAAAUGUAGAGAGGAUGUCUGGCUCACUUGAGGAUGCAAUACAAUUUUCAACUGGAAUCAGCGAUCCUCGACCGUUGAGUGACCAGGAUGUGGUUCAAAAUUCUACACAAGUACUUGAUGAAAGGGUUGUUCUUGAAGUUUCCUCUUCUAUGGUCCGGCCACUAAAGAUUGUGAAAGGAACCUUUCAGAUUACAACACGGAGAAUAAAUUUUAUUGUUGACAGCAGAGAAGGCCAACAUGUGGAUGGUAAGUCAGAUGGUUCAGAAACAGGAGACCAAGAGAGAGAUCGUAGUUGGCUAAUGUCUUCUCUUCAUCAGAUUUAUAGCCGACGAUAUCUACUGAGAAAGAGUGCUCUGGAUAUAUUUAUGGUCGAUCGAUCAAACUACUUCUUUGAUUUUGGGAACACUGAGGGACGAAGAGAUGCGUAUCGGACUAUUGUUCAAGCAAGGCCUCCUCAUUUAAACAAUAUUUAUCUGGCAACUCAGAGACCAGAACAGCUUUUGAGAAGAAGUCAGUUAAUGGAACGCUGGGCUAGAUGGGAGAUUAGCAAUUUUGAGUACUUGAUGCAGCUCAACACAUUGGCUGGGCGUAGUUAUAAUGACAUCACUCAGUAUCCUGUUUUCCCUUGGAUUCUGUCAGACUAUGUAUCAGAAGUUCUGGACGUUUCAAAUCCAUCUAACUACAGAGAUCUCUCCAAGCCAAUUGGUGCACUGAACCCAGAGCGGCUGAAAAAAUUCCAAGAAAAGUAUUCUAACUUCGAAGAUCCAAUUAUCCCCAAAUUCCACUAUGGUUCACAUUACUCAAGUGUUGGAGCAGUGUUGCACUAUCUAGCUAGAGUCGAACCUUUUACAACCCUUUCAAUUCAACUGCAAGGUGGAAAGUUCGAUCGAGCAAACCACAUGUUUUCAGACAUUGCAGCCACUUGGAAAGAAGUCCUCCAUGACAUGAGUAAUGUGAAGGAGUUGGUUCCAGAGUUGUUUUACCUUCCUGAGGUGUUGACCAACGAGAACUUGAUCAACUUUGAUUCUGUAAAACUUCCUCCUUGGGCUAAAAGCCCGAUCGAUUUUGUACAUAAGCAACGCAUGGCUCUUGAGAGCGAGCAUGUUUCUGCACAUUUGCAUGAAUGGAUUGAUCUCAUUUUCGGGUAUAAGCAACGUGGUGAGGAAGCUAUACUGGCAAAUAAUGUUUUCUUCUACACUACAUACGAGGGUACUGUUGAUAUUGAUAAGAUCACAGAUCCUGUACGACAGCGAGCUACUCAGGACCAGAUAGCUUAUUUUGGGCAAACCCCAUCCCAGCUAUUGACUGUGCCUCACAUCAAAAGAUUGCCUCUGAAAGAUGUCCUUCAUAUGCAGACCAUCUUUCGGAAUCCAAAAGCGAUAAAACCGUAUCCUGUUCAGGCUCCAGAACACUGCAACUUACCUGCUGCAGCCAUCAAGGCAUCUUCUGAUAGCGUUGUGAUUGUUGACAUGAAUGUGCCUGCAGCACAUAUUGCACAUCACAAGUGGCAACCAAACACUCCUGAUGGCCACAACGCUCCUUUCAUCUUUCAUCACGGGAAGGCGGCUUCAAGUGGUGGAACAUUGAUACGCAUGUUCAAGGGUGAUUGGGAAUAUCCCCAAGCACAAGCAUUUGCCUCAUCAGGAAUCACAAGUUCAUCGGUCACUGCUAUUACAAGCGACGGAGAAAUUAUCACCGGUGGACAUGUGGAUAAUAGCAUCAAGCUAGUCUCAUCAGAUGGAGCCAAAACACUAGAAACAGCUUUUGGUCACUGUGCUCCUGUAACAUGUCUUGCUCUGUCUCCAGACAGCAACUUCCUUGUGACAGGUUCACGAGAUACAACUGUGUUGCUGUGGAGAUUCCACAAGGGAUUCACUUCUCAGGCAAGCGAGUCUGAGCAGACAAAAAGCUCUGAGACACUUUCCUCCGCAAGCAACACCUUGGCGAAUAAAAGGCGGCGCAUUGAAGGGCCCAUACAAGUGCUCCAUGGCCACCUAAGAGAAAUAGUCUGUUGCUGUGUUAGCUCAGAUCAAGGAAUCGUCGUUUCUUCCUCUGAGUCAUCAGAUGUUCUAUUGCAUUCCAUAAGAAAAGGUCGACUAAUAAGACGGCUUGUUGGCGUCAAGGCCCAUGCUCUCUGCAUAUCUUGUGAUGGAGUUGUGGUGGUCUGGAGUAGAUCUGAAAAUUCUAUCAGCACGUUCACCAUUAAUGGGAUUCUCAUUUCCAAAGCGAAACUUCCUUCCUCUUGUACAAUAAGUUGCAUGGAACUAUCCAUGGAUGGCCAAAGUGUUGUGAUUGGUGUGAACUCGUUUUCCGGCAUUGAUGAAGAAGAUUCAUCAAGUGGAGGCAAGGCAAUUGAAAGAUUGGAUAUCCCAUCUCCUUCAAUUUGCUUCCUCAACUUACACACUCUUAAGGUAUUCCAUGUCAUGAAGCUUGGUGAAGGGCAGGAUAUAACCAGUAUGGCUCUGAACACAGACAACACUAACCUCUUAGUUUCCACAGUAGAUAAGCAAUUGAUAAUCUUCACCAAUCCACAUUUAAGCUCGAAGGUGGUGGAUCAGACGCUAAAGCUUGUUGGCUCUGAGCGAAAGUUGGAUUCGACAAACAGAAACUAA